UCAUUGGCUGGUUAUUAGAAUAAGUUGAGGACAAUGCAUACCACUGACUGCCAACUGUAAACAUAAGGGAUAUGGUAUUCACUUAGCCCCUCCCUCCCAGAAGUCAAUGCUAAGGGAAGUCUGUAGUUUUAUUGAAUAGAGCUGUGUCUGUGUGUGAGACUGCCCCUUCGCCUCUCUCUCCCUGCGCUCCUGCCUUAAAGAAGCCAGCUGUUUGUUUGCUUCCCCUCUUCCAGCUCUGAAAACUUUUUCAGCUGCAGAGGGAGAAAUUCCUGAAGCCCCCUGGAGUCGGCACCUCGGGUCCAUUAGAGGCUGGCGUUGGAACGCACAGGAACGGAACCGGACGUCGGAUUGCUUGCUGAUCGAGACCAAAUCUAACCCCCCCUCCCAACCCUGAACACACGCCAUGGAUGAUUUUGAGCGCCGCAGAGAGCUUAGGAGGCAAAAGCGGGAGGAAAUGCGUCUUGAAGCAGAGAGACUUGCCUAUCAGAGGAAUGAUGACGACGAAGAGGAAGCUGCCAGGGAACGCCGGCGUAGGGCUCGCCAGGAAAGGCUCCGGCAGCGGGAAGAGGAAGACUCCUCUUCCCAGGGGACGGAGAAGGUGGCAGAGAUUAACGCCCAGAACAGCGUGGCGGACGAGGAGGCCAAAACAGCCUCCAGCCCCUCGACGACAGAUGGGGGUGACGAUGCCGCGUUCCUGGAGCGGCUGGCCCGCCGGGAGGAGCGGCGGCAGAAACGCCUCCAGGAGGCCCUGGAGCGCCAGAAGGAGUUUGACCCGACCAUGACGGACGACGGCCUGUCGGUACCCAGCGGGCAACAGGCCAACGACACGGGAAAGGAAGAGGCAGCGGGGGAAGAUGACAAAACGGAGACCCGCCGCACUCGCUACGAGAUUCAGGAAACUGAGACGGUCACCAAGUCCUACCAGAGAAACGAAUGGCGGGAAACCCAGGAUGACCAGAGAGAGAAGGAUAAGGAAGAGGAAGAGCAACAGCAGGAGGAGGAGGAGGAGGAGGAGAAGCCCAAGCAGAGAAUCCUAGAAGGAAACCAGGUAGAGGUGAUGAUAGGAAAGAAAACCGUAGAGACCGAAGAGGAGGCUGUGGUAGUAGAACUCAAAAACGGGCAGGUCAGUGUCGAGGAAUCUAAACUAGGGAAGGAGGAGGCAGCAGAGGCAACAGAGGUUGUGGACAAUGAAGGUGUGGAGGCGGAGGCAGAGGCUGAACAGCAAAGGCUAGAGGCUGAGGAAAGAGAAAGGGCCAGGGCCCAGCAGGAGAAACAGGCAGCGGCAGAGAGAGAGAGGAUCGAAGCAGAAGAGAAUAAAAGGGCGGCCGAGGAAAGGGAGAGGAGGGAGGCCGAGGAGAGGGAGAGGAAGGAGGCCGAGGAAAGGGAGAGGAGGGAGGCCGAGGAAAGGGAGAGGAGGGAGGCCAAGGAGAGGGAGAGGAAGGAGGCCGAGGAAAGGGAGAGGAGGGAGGCCGAGGCAAGGGAGAAGAGGGAGGCCGAGGCAAGGGAGAGGAGGGAGGCCGAGGCAAGGGAGAGGAGGGAGGCCGAGGAAGAGAAGAGAGUAGCUGAGGAGAGGAAGAGGGUGGAGGCGGAGAAGAGAGCAGCUGCAGAGAAGGCCAGGCUAGAAGAACAAAAAUUAAAAGAAGAGCAAGAGAAACAGGUCAAAGGGAAAAGGGAAGAGAGACGGGUAAAUGAAAAGAAAGUCCAAGAGGUCACGCUUCAGUCGGUGGUACUAAAAAAACAGGGUGAAGAGAGAGGGAUUAAAGUGGAAACUAAACGAGAAAAGGCACAAGAAGACAGGCCAACCUUCAAAAAGGAAGAGGUCACAGCCGAGAGGACCAACAAGGACCAGGGACCCAAACAGGACAUCAAGAGCAGCUGGGAUCGCAAGAAGGGAUUUCCGGAGACCAAGUCUCAGAAUGGGGAGCGCAUCCAGGAAUUCACGACCCACAAACUCAAGCACACCGAGACUACUUUUAGCCGCAGCAAAGCCAGUCCGGACACCGAGGAGGCCGAGUCCCAGGUGGAGGCCGGCAGGCGCCUGGAGGAGCUGAGGCGGCGCCGGGGCGAGACCGAGAGUGAGGAGUUCGAGAAGCUGAGGCAGAAGCAGCAGGAGGCUGCCGUGGAGCUGGAGGAGCUGAAGAAGAGGCGGGAAGAGCGCAGGAAGGUCUUGGAGGAAGAGGAGCACAGGAGGAAGCAAGAAGAGGCCGAGAGGAAGAUCAGAGAGGAGGAGGAGAAGAGGAGGCUGAAAGAAGAAAUUGAAAGACGGAGGGCAGAGGCUGCUGAAAAACGCCAGAAGAUACCAGAAGAUGGUGUCUCGGAUGACAAGAAGCCGUUCAAGUGCUUUACUCCCAAAGGUUCAUCUCUCAAGAUCGAAGAGCGGACGGAAUUCCUGAACAAAUCCGCCCAGAAGAGUGGGGUCAAAUCUACUCAACCCACAGCAGUUGUUUCCAAGAUCGACAGCCGGCUGGAGCUGUACACCAGUGCAAUUGAGGGGACGAAAACCACGAAAUCCACCAAGCCAGCAGCGUCUGACCUACCGGUCCCUGCCGAAGGGGUCCGCAACAUCAAGAGCAUGUGGGAAAAAGGCAAUGUGUUUGCAUCCCCUACUGGGACGGGCCCGUCCAAUAAGGAAACCGCAGGCUUGAAAGUGGGAGUUUCCAGUCGCAUCAAUGAAUGGCUAACUAAAACCCCCGAAGGCAACAAGUCGCCUGCUCCCAAGCCUUCGGACUUGCGACCAGUAGACGUUUCCAACAAGCGCAAUCUCUGGGAGAAGCAAUCUUCGGAAAAGACCACCUCACCCAUGAAGGUGUCAUCCGUGGGGAAAAAGUCAGACACCAAUGCAGGUUUGAGACAAUUUGAGAAAGAACCCUAGGGACCUGCUCAAGAUCCUGGACCAGCUCAGUUGAGAAGUGCUCAAUUUUCCCUUUUUUAUAUUUAUGUUUAUCGACCAGAAUGUGGGUUCAUUUUUUGGUCUUUUUUUUUUUGCAUUAGCCCAGCUAAACCCAUGUAUAUUAGCACUGUAUUUAAUAAUCACAGUCUAGAGACAUUCAUGGUAAAAAGUACUGCCUUUGCACAGGAACCUAUUUCUAAAGAAACCCAUGCUGUGAAAUAUAGACUUUUCUACUGAUAGUCAUCACGCUAAAUCUGAACAGCGGUUUCAGAUGCAUCAGAAGUCAACCAAAAUAGAUUCAAGUUGGAAAUUGCCUAUGAAACGUGUGCAGUAUCCAGAGAAAAAUAAAACAGUUGUUACUUUUGGAACCCAGAAGUCAUAUUGUUUCUGCACUUUAGACUAAGGCAUGGAAGAAAUCAUUUGAGUUGACAUUUGUCAUAUUUUUUGUAAGUUGCCCUUGUCAGAUUUGAAAUACUGCAUCAUUACCCUUUUUUUGUUGUUGUUUUGUACCUUUUAAAGUAUCCCUUUUUUCCCCCAUUCUAGUUAAGUUAAUAUCUAAAUUGGAUUCUUAUAUUAGCUGACAGCGGUACUGAUUUCAUAAAGUUGGUUUUUUUGUGUGGUUUUCAGUGGUAGAGAUUAGUAACGUGGAGCACCAUUUAGAACAUAUAUUUUAUAUAUAUAUGUAUGAACAUACAUAUAUAAACACACAUUGCUUUACGAAGUUUAGCUCUAAGGCACUACUAAUGGUAGGAUGCUUAAAUAUUAUAUUUAGUAAUAAACAUACAUAACUAGCCAAUAUCACAGCUUUUUCAAGUAAAAUUUCACAUGAUUUCUAUAUUACCAUUUCAUAAUUGCCAUUACAAGCAUGGCAGAAUAGAUAUUCAGAUGGUUUUUUGUAAAAUGUCGGUUGCCCUUUAAUGGAAAAAAAAUUAUUAUAAAAAGGGGUGGGGGGAAUUGGAGGAAAAUAGCUCAACAUUUUGUAGAAAACAGAGUAGUUAACUUAUAUGAACUACCGUGAUACAAGGCAAAAAUUGUUAAGUGUGACAUGAGCAGGUUUCCAAAACUGCCACCUGGACCGUAGCCGGAGUCCACGUGAUUUUCAAAAAUGGAGUUAGCCUUCUGGUUUUUGGAACGUCUCCCAAAGAUCUUACAGACGUCCCAUUGUGUAUAUAUUCUAUAUACUUAUUUGAGGGCAGGGGGGGAGUAAGGUGGGGGGGAAGAGCUAGGCCAACAGGUAUUUAAGAUUAGCUGCCAGGCUCUGAGUGGACAAUGGGUUACCUCUGAGAUCUUCAUAUCCAAAGCCCCACAAAUCUGCAGGUGGGGAGAGAAGAAUGGGGCAAGAUGAGGACACACAUGCAGGCAUAUCUAGGAAGUAAUGCCUGCCAGAAGGUCAGCCCAGCCUGCCACCCCCUACACUCCCUCCCACCCCCCAACCUCUUCAACCACAGGGCCCAACCCUAAUGACAAGCUAGGGGGGCCACCUAAGAUGCCAUAGGACCACAGAGUAGACCCAAAGCCAUCAUUCAUGGGCCGAGCAUGGAUUUGCUUUGAUUUCCCAGUCCACAGGCCCCCACAAAGUCAAAACAACUUCGGGCAUUUGAACUGGUGCGUCUCUGUUCCCGUAGAUAUUGUAAUUUCGAUGAAAACGGCGAAGAAAAUAUGCCCUGUCUCCAGAUUCACUCCAAACACGGUUCAGCCAAGAGUUGGAAUGAAUCUGGAGACAGAGUGUAUUUUAAUUCACUCCAACUCUUGGCUGGAACAUGUUUGGAGUUGGGCCUUGGGAGGGGGGUUGCUCUGUGUGUUUUUCUUCAUCUUUCUAAAAACAGCCUUUUUGUUUACAUGUUAGGAUGCAGGGGCAGUCUUGUGAUCGUUAGGGGGAUGAAACUGCCAAUUGCCUGGCCUUGUCUGUGAUUUGGGCCACUGUUCGUUUCUGUCAAACACUUGGGGUCUUUCACUGACCGCUGAUCGCUGCAAUACAAAUGAAUUAUCUGAACCAUAUAUUCUGAAACUGCAUCCACAAUAAAUGGGAUAUCUCCUCAU